GGUCUUCUCUGCACCAGGAGCCGUUCUUCUGCCACAGCCCCUCACCCACUGAAAAUGUAUGCUUGCUCCAAGUUCGUCUCCACUCCCUCCUUGGUCAAGAGCACCUCACAGCUGCUGAGCCAUCCACUAUCCUCAGUGGUGUUGAAACAACCGGAGACACUGACAGAUAGGAGUCUCAGCAGCUUGGCCGUCUCAUGUCUCCUUACCUCACUUGUCCCUAGCCACAGCUUCCAAACCAGCACCAUUUCAAGGGACAUCAACACAGCAGCCAAGUUCAUUGGGGCUGGGGCUGCCGUAAUUGGAGUGGCCAGCUCUGGGGCUGGGAUUGGGACUGUGUUUGGGAGACUUGUCAUUGGUUAUGCCAGGGACACUUCUCUGAAGCGGCAGCUCUUCUCCUACACUCUUCUGGGCUUUGCCCUCUGGGAGGCCUUGGAGCUCUUUUGCCUGAUGGAGGUCUUUCUCAUCCUCUUCGCCUUGUGA